AUGGAUGAAAUCAGGGUUGCAAAGGAUGUCCUAUAUCAGGAUGAUAUGAUGAUGUAUGAGAAUUGUAAUCGUCAUGAAAAUGAGUUUGGUGAAGUUGAAGAACAAGAAGAGCCUUUUGAUGUGAAAUAUCCUUACCUCCAAGAUUUUCAGGAUGUAUUCCCAGAGGAAUUGUCUGGCUUACCACCAAAAAGGAUAUUCGAUUUUUCCAUCGAAUUAUUACCAGGAGCAGCACCUAUAUCCAAAGCCCCUUAUCGGAUGACAAUGAUCGAGUUAAUGGAUUUAAAGGCCCAACUUCAAGAACUCCUAGAUAAGGGAUUGAUAAGACCUAGUGUGUUGCCUCGGGGGGCACCAAUAAUCUUUGUUAAAAAGAAAGAUGGGACUCUCUGA